UUAUACGACAUCCGUCUAAUUUAUUUAUAGUAAUAUUAUUAUUAUAAAGAAAAUAAUAAAUUAUUGUUUGGAAUUGUCGUGUGUCGCGGUACAGUAAAAGCAGUCUUCCUUUACCGUGUUCGUUACUAGUUUGUCAAUUUGACAGUCUGUUAAUAUUUUAUAUUGUUAUUAUUUCCACUCUGCAGUCUGCACACACUCAAGUAGUCAAAUGUCAAAUUUUCGCUUUUCAGUAUUUUACUGUUUUACCAUUAUCACACCUUAACAUACCACAGAUGAUAUUUUAUUUAUUCAUAUAAAUGUGUUGUCUGUGACAGUACCACGACGUGUUCAGCAACCACGCUAUAACUGUUGUGUAAGUACCUUCUAGUUCUAAUGUUUGUCGAUUCCUAACCAAAAAUCCAUCUCCUAAAUUUAUAGCACAGCACAGACAUAAGUAAUUCAAUUUGACUAAUUUUUGGCAAAAAAAAAAUCACAAAUUUUAUAUAAGGUACUAUGUCUGUGAAAGAGAUGGAUUCUGCACAAAAUUUUGUUCUGAAAUCUAAUAAAUGUGAACCUGAACUAUUCAUAAACAGUUCUCACAGGGAUAGAAUGUUUGAAGUACUUCAGUCUUCACGUAACCAGGAUGACAAUUUUUGUGAUAUUAAGUUACAAACAGAUGACGGUACAAUAGUAUUUGGACAUAAAAAUAUAUUGGCAUCAGCUACCCCUUACUUCAAAGCUAUGUUUUCUAGUUUCUCUGAAAACAAUAAAGAUCUUGUUAAUAUAGAAGAGUUGGAUUCCACCAUUUUACAAGUAUUGAUAGACUACAUUUAUACAGGAGAAAUUAUGAUCACUCAAGAAAAUGUACAGGUUGUGUUACCAGCUGCAGAUCUCUUUCAGAUAGACUAUGUAAAUCAAGUAUGUGUUGAGUUUUUACAAAAACACCUGAAUCCUUCAAAUUGUCUUGGAAUUAAAGUAUUUGCUGACUUACAUAACUGUAUAGAAUUGUCGUCAAGCUGUGAAGCAUAUAUUAAAAAACAGUUUUUAAAAGUGGUUGAACAUGAUGAGUUUCUAUCUUUAUCAUCCAAAGAAGUGAUUAAGUUAAUCUCCUGUAAUGAUAUUUAUGUUCCAUUUGAGGAAAAAGUAUUUGAAUGUGUCAUUAAGUGGGUAAAACAUGAAUUGGAUCAUAGAAAAGAGUUAUUACCCAAUAUAAUGGAUCAUGUGCGUUUGAAAUUAAUUUCGAAAGAGUAUAUCUUAGAGGAAGUAGUUGAUGAACCUCUUCUUAUAAAUAAUCCUAAAUGUAAAGAUUAUGUAUUUGAAGUAUUACAUUUUAAUCUAAUUAAGUCAGUAAAUUCUUCUAUCCCACUAACAAUUAGGAGUAAACCUAGACAGUUUAGUAGGUUACAACAAGUUAUUCUAGUAUUGGGUUGGUCAGUCAUAGAAUUGAAGAAUAUUAUAAGUUGGUAUGACCCAGCAACCAACCUAAUGCAUAUUACACCGAAAAUGAUUGAAUUCUGUAAAGAAGUUGGUUUGUGCGUUGUAAAAGAUCAAUUUGUGUUUGUUAUGGGUGGUUUUGAAUACUUUCAUGAUGGAUUUAAAUACGACUAUCGGUUAUUAAAAUCUGUUAAAAUGCUUGAUGUAUCUUCAUCAUCAUUAUGUUGGGUUUCCAAGGCUGAUAUGUUAGUUAGUCGAAAAUCUUUUGGAGUUGGAGUAUUAGAUAAUUGUAUAUAUACUAUUGGUGGACUAGAUGGUAAUCGCUAUUCAAAUAGUGUAGAGGUUUAUAACCUUGAUACUGAACAACGGAAAAUGGUAUCUAGUAUGAUUUACGGGAGAGAGAAUUUUAGUGUUGGAGUACUCAAUAACCUGAUAUAUGCAGUAGGAGGUUAUAGUAAUUGUAAUGGUGGUAUGAAAUCUGUUGAAUGUUAUAAUCCCAGUCUUGACAAAUGGAACUUAGUAGAAAAAAUGUCAAAUAGGCGGUAUGAUCUUGGUGUAGCAGUUUGGGAUGGUAUAAUGUAUGCCAUUGGUGGAACUAAUGGAUCAACACCUCUUAAAAGUGUUGAAGCCUAUAAUCCAAGUACUGGAGUUUGGUCAUCUAUUGCUGAUAUGAAUUUGUGUCGAGUUAAUCCAGGAGUAGUGGUGUUGGAUGGUUUAUUGUAUGUUAUUGGGGGAAGCAAUAAGGCAACAACUGGACAAAAACAUUUAGAUUCUGUUGAAAUCUAUAAUCCCAGAAGCGAUACCUGGACAAUUCAAACAAUAUCAAUAAGACGUCAACGUUAUGGAGCAGUAGUAGUUAAUAGGCCACUACAUUUAUAAAUUAUUUAGCAGAAACAAUAACUUUAUUGAUGUUUUUAACCAUGUACAAUUUUGUACUGUUUAUGUUAAUAAUAUAUAAAUUUGUAUUCUAAUUUCUAAGUUUCCAUCUGUAUUGUAUUUUAAUUAUUUGCAUUUAUUAAACCAAUUGAAAAGUCGCAACCUUAA